AGGAGACACCCAGCAGCAGCAGAUCUUUUCCCGAUUUUUUUCCCGAAUAUUACUGUCGCAAGGCUAUAUGGCAUAAGAUAAGAUGGCGUGCGAAACAUUCAUCGCCGCUUUUCGUACCAUUUGGUCUUUCCUCCCUUCUCCUCUUCUUCGUGAAUUACAGAACCUAGAUCGAAGCGAAAGGAAUUAAAUAAGCAGAGAGAGAGAGAGAGAGGGGGCUAUUGGGGGGAAUACUUUUGUUCUUUAUUCUUCUUCCUCCGUCUGCUUGUAUACCUGAUGGGAGACUUCGUUUAAGCCGUCGCCUGUUGGGAGAUCUGGGCUCAAAAUCGUUCCUUUGUCCGUCGUGCGGAGAUCUGGAGAUCGGCGAAUUUGAUGUCCUUCAGGAUCUCUGACCUUCAUCUGGCUCUGUGCUCAUCCGGGGGGUUUUUAGGAGGCCUGAAAUGCCUCGGUUGAAUAUCCCGAGGAACAAAGUGAAGAAAGUUUGAGUUUUACUUUAGUUUGUCCGGAAAAUUCUGCGCUGAUGGAUGGAGAUAACAGCUUGAAUAUGAGGAACUGGGGUUAUUAUGAGCCCACGGCGACCAUGAGAGGACUCGGCCUUAACCUCAUGCCGUCUGUGCCGGAGAAGCCGCUCUUCGACAGUCGGAAUGCCGCUGUGAUGGCAGCUUCCAACGGAGGUGCAUAUCAUCAUAGGGAUCUUGGGGCGUCACAGACAAUGUACCCGAUGGAUUACAUGAGGGAUGCUUGGGGGAUUAACCCCAGGGAUAAGUUCUACAAUGCCAUAUCGGGGAACCACAACUAUUCCAUGAUACCAGAGACGUCCACAGCUCAUCAUAUGCAGAUGGUGCAACCGCCUGACUUAUCGAAGGAAGAAAGGGCGACUCAAGUAGAACAGGUAGGUAUAGGUAAUGAGCUUAUGGAAAAUGGUCCUUCCAAGAAAAGGCCGGGUCCUAAGGGACCGAAAUCUCCGAAACCCAAGAAAGCUAAGAGAGGUCCUCGGGUUCCCAAGGCUGAGACUACUCCUUCUGUUCCGCGAGCACGAACCAUCAAGAAAACUACAGAAUUAAUGAUAAAUGGGAUCAACAUGGAUAUUUCAUGUAUCCCUAUUCCGGUUUGCUCAUGUACAGGGACACCUCAGCAGUGUUACCGCUGGGGCUCUGGUGGGUGGCAAUCUGCUUGUUGCACUACCGGCUUGUCGAUAUAUCCCUUGCCCAUGAGCACCAAAAGGCGCGGAGCAAGGAUAGCAGGCAGGAAGAUGAGUAUAGGAGCAUUUAAGAAGGUGUUGGAGAAACUUGCGGCCGAGGGUUAUAACUUCACUAACCCCAUUGACUUGAGGACUCACUGGGCGAAACAUGGUACUAACAAGUUUGUCACCAUCAGGUAGAGAUGUCCCUUUUGGAUGCCACAUUUGGCCUCUAGCUAAAAUUGGCUUGUUUCUCAUGUAUAUAUUUACCAGUGGCCUGAGGCAGAGGCUGAGUGAUGGAUUGUAGUUCAUAUUUUCAGUGAUCUCAAGUGCUUUUUGAGUAUUUCUUUUCCAGCACUCAGAUAUUUUUUAUUGUUUUAAGGGAUGUUGUUCGUUUCACUAAACAUGAUACUAGAAUAGUUGAGUUUUCUUCCCUCA